CUGUUGAAGUCCGUUAUUGAAGGGCCUUUGAAUUUGGUUCUGAAAAAUCAGCCUCCCCCUCCCUCUCCCCUCAUGCCAGGCCUGGCACCAGAGGGGACGGUCCUGAGCCUUCCACUACCCAGCAGAUGGGUUGUGACUUACAGUUCCUCUGGCCUGGGGGAGUUUCACUCAAACCACAGCAGGUUUUGUUUUCUAUUCUCACCCCAGGAUGCAAAUGAAGGAGAAUGGGUAUGAUUCUGCAUCUGGAGCUGGAAGGCUUCCCUUCAUGUUGCAGACGGGAAUUAAUAAUGACAUCUGUCGGAGCAAACUGGCCUCCAACCUGUGGAUGGCGGCAGCUGAGCAGAGCAGGCCGUAGACAGGAGAGUCAGCUCUGUCCCCUCCAGCCCAGAGAAAACCUUCACUUGGAUGCUUUUAGGUGUUUCAUGGUGGAAUCCCAGAAACUCAGAGCUGGAAGACUUUCAGAAAACAUCUAGCCCAACCGUCGACCUGGGCAGAAUUUCCAUCACUCCCUUUCUCUCCCUCCUAACAUCAUCCCUGACAAAGAAGCCUCCAACCUCACAGGGACAGGAAAUACUCUGCCUUUCAAGGCAUCACGUCCAUUUUCGAUCAACUCUGAUUCCUGGGACACUCACAGGCUCUGUCCAGAGGCCAGAGAGAGGAGACCUAUCUAGCUUGGCAGAAGCAAGAAGCCAAGAGGUGAUCCAUUGGGCAAAGUUGACUGGGCCUGCCCAGGGAGCAGGGCAGAACCCUACCUCCCUCCUGCCCCCAACAUGGUGGCCCAGGGCCGAGUGCUGCUCAUCUUCUUCGAACUGCAGCUGGCAAUAAUGGUGGUCUUGUAUCACCAAAGUGACCACCACCAGGUCAGCUAUGUCCUGAAGAUGCUGACCACCAGCAUCCUUAGUACCACCGACACCAUCCUGACAAUGAAAGAUGUCUACAGGGGCCUGGACCAAAUCCAACUGCUGAGCCCUACCAAGGAAGACCUGCCCACCUGCCCCAAGACCUCUCCUUUCAUCGGCGGCCCUCUGAAGGUGAGCUUCCCGCUUGAUGUGACACUGGAUGACAUCGCUCAGAAGAACCCGCUGGUGCAGCUGGGAGGCCAUUAUCAACCACCCAACUGCGGGGCUCUUCACCACACGGCCAUCAUCAUCCCCUACUGGGCCAGAAGGAAGCACCUGCACCAGCUACUCUACCACCUGCACCCCUUCUUGCAGAGACAGCAGAUCCACUGUACCAUCUAUGCGGUGCACCAGAAGAACAGAGCCCGGAGACUCACACAGGCCCUGCCCAGGGACACAAAAGCAAAGGGAGGCUUGAGCCGGACGGAGAUGGCUAGGAUAACACAGAUGGACAAUUACACCUUUAACCGAGGGAAGCUAUUGAAUGUGGGCUUCAAAGAGGACAUGAAAGAGAAUAACUGGCAGUGUCUUUACUUCCAUGACGUGGAUCUGAUUCCUAAGGAUGACUGCAACAUCUAUGACUGCAGUGCCUUUCCCAUGCAUGCUUCAGUGGCCAUUGACAAGUUCCAGUAUGAACUUCCUUAUGAGACAUACUUUGGGGGUGUGAUGGCACUGCAGCCCACUCACUAUCUGAAGAUCAAUGGUUUUCCCAACAACUACUGGGGCUGGGGGGGUGAGGAUGAUGACAUUGCAUCCAGAAUUUUCCUGAAUAAGAUGUUAAUCUCCCAGCCUCCAGCAGUAUUUGGCCGCUACCACAUGAUGAAGCAUGGCCAUGACAGAGGAAAUAAGGCCAACCCCAAAAGGUUUCACCUCCUCUCCAAAACCCAUCUGAGGUGGCGUUACAAUAGGAUGAAUAAUCUUCUCUACAGCUUGCUGUCCAAGGAGCAGACCCCCCUCUACACCAACCUCACCAUGCACUUUGGUAUCGAUUACCACUAAUUGUGCUGUGCUUCCCAUGGGGCCCCUGCCCCCAUCUCUUCUGCCUAGAACUCUGGGUCUCUUGCCUCUUGUCCCACCACAUGCCUCAUCUCUCCCAUUCAUCAAGGACCAAAGUCAGACACUCAAGACAAAUACACAGGGAGCAGAAGGGGGAAGAAAUGUGGAAGGAGGCAGUGAGGGUUAGCUCUCCCCCUCACUCCAUUUUCUUAUUAAAGUGUAGUUUAUUUUAUAUGA